GAUUUUUAAAACUUGUUUUAGAGUCAAAACUAAUUUUAUCCUUUUUUUUCUCAAAGGGAAAAUCAAUCGGCAAAACUGGUACCAAAAAAAAGUACAAAAGAGUGGAAUCUGAAACCCCAUUUCAGAUAAGCACAGAGAUUUCCUCUCUCUGAUCUGAUCCUUUCCUUCCGUCAUCGGAAUUGUUCCGGGUUCUUUGCUGUUUCUCUGAAUCGUCCAAAUUGCCAUCUGGGUUGAAGAUUAAGUAACUGCAUUGCGUUGUUACCUGAGAUUUUCUUUUGGGUUUCGGACGAUGGACAAACCCCUGUUCGUCCACCGUUCUCGCUACCAUUCCAUCAGCAAACUCCUCUUCUGGACGCUUCUGUUCCUAGGUGUGAUCUUUUUCGUUUUCUUCCGGCCUCCGCCGACCCCUGAUUCCUCUCGCCGACUUCUGCAGGAUGGACCCGAUUGGGAGAGUCGGGUCAUCAAAUCUGGCCGACCCAAGUCCGUAAACAACCGUCGCAUUGUGCUUGUAACUGGGGCUGCUGGAUUUGUCGGGACCCAUGUCUCCGCCGCUUUGCGCCGCCGUGGGGAUGGGGUUGUAGGGCUUGAUAACUUCAAUUCCUAUUACGACCCGUCGUUGAAACGUGCCCGCCGCGCUCUCCUUGAACGUGCGGGAGUGUUUGUUGUGGAAGGUGAUAUCAAUGAUGCCGAAUUGCUGAAGAAGCUUUUUGGGUUGGUGAAAUUCACUCACGUAAUGCAUCUGGCCGCGCAGGCGGGUGUGCGUUAUGCAAUGGAGAAUCCUGCAUCUUAUGUGAAAAGCAACAUAGCCGGACUUGUUAGUGUUCUUGAGGUAAGCAAAUCGGCGAACCCACAGCCGGCAAUUAUAUGGGCAUCUUCUAGUUCUGUUUAUGGACUUAAUACUAAGAGCCCCUUCUCCGAGGAGGACAGAACCGAUCAGCCGUCGAGUCUGUAUGCCGCCACUAAGAAGGCCGGUGAAGAAAUUGCGCACACUUACAAUCAUAUAUACGGGUUGUCAAUCACAGGGCUGCGUUUCUUCACAGUUUAUGGACCAUGGGGCAGGCCUGAUAUGGCAUAUUUCUUUUUCACCAAGGAUAUAUUGAAAGGGAAGAAAAUAACCAUAUUUGAAGGUCCUGAUCAUACGACUGUAGGCAGAGAUUUUACCUACAUUGAUGAUAUAGUGAAGGGUUGCUUGGCUGCAUUGGACACUGCAAAGAAGAGUACUGGAACAGGUGGGAAGAAGAAGGGGCCAGCACAAUUGCGGGUGUUUAAUCUUGGGAAUACAUCUCCGGAGCCUGUUGGGAGACUUGUGGACAUAUUGGAGACAUUGUUGAGAGUGAAGGCUAAGAAGGUUGUGUUGCCUAUGCCUGCUAAUGGUGAUGUUUUGUACACACAUGCCAAUAUAAGCUUGGCGCAGAGAGAGCUUGGAUAUAAGCCUACCACUAAUUUGAAAACAGGUUUGAAGAAGUUUGUGAGUUGGUACCUUGAUUACUAUGGAACAGGGAAGAAGAGUGCUGUAUAAAUGCAAACAAUUUGUGGAUCUAUGGUAGUGUCAUUCAAAUCCCUCAUUUGAUUUGAUACUUAUGAUUUCUUAUUCAUAGCUUAACAUAGUUGAUUGUUGACUUGAACAACUGAAAAGAGUCAGUUGAUUUAUGUGCUUUUGUUGUGGGAAUGAUUCAAUUGCAUCUAGAAAAUAGAAGCAACUCUUUAGUUAAUGUUUGUCAUUAACGCCUGUUAUUUUUUCUUGGAAAAAUAUUACCAAAUAAUGAUUUUGUUUCCUC